AUGGCCGAUUCCUCUGCCUCGAGACUGGCCGCCAUCCCCUCGGCCGCCGAGCUGGUCAAAUUCGACCACAGCGCCGCCGGACAUGAGGGCAUCAGCUCCAAUGCCUCGGGGUCCCUGAUCAUCAAGCCGUGCACCCAGGCCGAGAUCGACUUCUAUGAAUCCGCCAAAGCCCACCCUCUGUUCCAAGCCCACAUCCCGACCUUCCUCGGGUCGCUGUCCCAGAAUGAGGACCAGGAGGCAGUGCGACCGCUCCUCGAUGCCGGUCGGGAUCAGUCUCUACAAGGUGGCCCAGGCGCGGGCACGGCCACAGUCACAACAGACCCCACGCCAGGACCGGUGAAGCGCAAGAGCUGGAAGCCGUCGGGCGGCAAGAAACUGUCCACGGGACUGGCGGUCGUGCUGGAGAAUGUGGCCGCAGGGUUUCAACAUCCGAAUGUGCUGGACGUCAAACUCGGGGCGCGGCUAUGGGACGACGACGCGCCAGUCGCGAAACGCCAGAAAUUUGAUGAAGUCGCGCAGCGCACCACGAGUGGCAGUCUGGGCUUCCGGAUCGCAGGGAUGAAGCUGUGGUGCCCCCCUCUUGGAGGAGGAGUUGGGGAGAAAGAAGGCCAACAAAGCUCCGCAGUCCCGAGCGACGAACCCAACGUCGAGUGGAAGAAGGGGUAUAAGAGCUACAACAAGUUCUACGGCCAGUCGUUCUCCAAAGACAACGUGGCCGAGGCGUUCACGACCUACCUAGGCGGCGUGCGACGAGACGAACAGACGGGCAAGACAGUGUUCAAGCGGAAACGGGCACCCUUGAUCGCUCGGCGCCUAAUUCGCGAGCUCGAGAGCAUCCAAUACGCGCUGGAGAACGAGGAGAGCAGAAUGUACAGUGCCAGCGUGCUCUUGGUGUACGAAGGCGACGAGGCUGCGUUGGAGGUCGGUCUCCAGGAGGAGGAAAAGGAAAAGGAAAAGGAGAAAGAGAGAGAAAGGGAACGGGAAAGGAGUCGGCACCAGGUCCGGGAGCAGGACACCGCUGAGCACGACGACGAAGACGAAGACUAUGACGACGAACAGCUAGCCUACGACGAGUAUGACGACGAAGAGUAUGGCAACGAAGACUUUGACGACGAAGACGAGCAGGCCAAUAUACCGCGAAAGGUACACGAGGCCAGACUCAUUGAUUUCGCGCAUGCCUCGUGGACCCCCGGCCAGGGGCCCGACGAGAACGUUCUCAAGGGCAUUCGGAGCCUGUUGGACAUCCUAAGGGGCUUGGUCGAGUAG